AUGAUGUCAAGAAAAGCUUCUAGGAAUCCUAAAUUAUAUGUUUCAGCAUUAAUAGCCACUUCAGCAAUUGCUCUAACCUAUAAACUAUAUUCCACAUACCUUGCUCCUACUCCUACUCCCACUAAUAAAGAUAAGAAGCAAAGAGAACUAGAUGGAAGUAGUACUGAUAUAGAGUUGAAACCAAAAUUUAGGAUAUCAAAACGAUAUUCUAAUAAAUCUAUUGCUAUUACGUUAUCAUCGACAUUUUUAUCAUCCAAUUUACCAUUAAAUGAAAUAUUAAUAAAUCUGGAAAAUAUGAUAUUUAUAAUCCCACCAAAUUUAAAUGAAGAUGAUUUACCAAUAAUAGAAACCAAGGAUACUGAUACUGAUAAUGCCAAUACCAAUACCAAUACAUCAUUUUAUAAAGAUCAAUCAAAUUUUAAAUUAUUAAAAUGUUCAAAUUUUCAAGGUUAUUUACAAAUUUUAAAAAAUUUAAAACCAGAUUUAUUAUUAUUAUGUAGUGAUGAUUUAGGGAUAAAUUUUAAAAAAUUACAAUCUGAUUUAUUAAAUAAUUUAAAAUUAGAUUUUAUUAAUAUUGAUCAAAAUAUUGAUGCAUUAAUUCAACUUGAAUCAAUAUUUGAUUAA